UAACAUUAGUACGUCAGGAGAGAGAUUCACUUUUUGUCAGUAGUUGCCUUUCCUGCCCGAGGAGGAGUUAAGUGCUAAGCAUUUGGGAGAGCCUGCACAGUGUUUCUCUUGACCUGUACUGCACGCAGACACGGUAGCCUGUGGAGACAGGCGCCAACACAAUACAGCCUAAGAGCUGCGGCGCUGCAGGAUGGCCGAGGGCUGCAUGCGAGCCCUGCGCUAUGGCAUGGUCUUCUUCAACCUGCUCUUCUGGCUCGGGGGCUGUGGGAUACUGGGCGUGGGGGUGUGGCUGUCAGUGACCCAGGGAAACUUUGCCACCCUCUCCUCCUCACUGCCCUCCCUCUCUGCUGCCAACCUCCUCGUCGCCGUGGGGACCAUCAUCAUGGUGAUUGGUUGCCUGGGAUGCAUCGGAGCUGUGAAAGAAAGCCGACCACUGUUGUUGAGUUUCUUCAUUUUGCUUCUCCUGAUCUUCUUUUUGGAGAUUCUGUUCAUCAUCCUCUUCUUCGCCUAUCAAGAUGAGAUUGAUCACCACGCCCAGAAGGACCUGAAGAGAGGCCUCCAGCUCUUUGGCACGGAGGGGAACAUUGGCCUCACCAACGCUUGGAGUAUUGUGCAAACUGAUUUCCGGUGCUGUGGCGUGACCAACCAUACGGAUUGGUUCGAAGUCUACAACGCGACUCGAGUUCCUGACUCCUGCUGCUUAGAGUACAGCGAUAACUGCGGCUUGGAGAACCCGGGCACAUGGUGGACAGCGCCUUGUUAUGAGCGGGUGAAAGGCUGGCUGCAGGAGAACCUGGUGGCGCUGUGGAUUUUCGCGCUGUGCACUGCACUCACUCAGAUCCUAGGACUGGUCUUCUCAAUGACCAUGUUCUGCCAAGCAGUGAAAGUGGAGACGUUCUACGCCUAGAACAGAGCCGUUCCAUCCCAUGGCAACGAGCUGCAACAUACACCCCCCUGGAACCGGGAGGCAUCAGACAUCGAUUCAACCUAACCUUCUUUUCUCACUGACUUCUUUUUUCCUCAUCCAUUUCUUUUACACAUCUCUCCGUCCAAACACCAUGCCUUUGCAACAUUUCUAUGACACGUGUAACCCCAUUCAUUGCAAAUGGAAAAUGCCAGAACAAAUCAUUAGACAACCUUGGGCAAGAAUCACUCUUGUGCAAAAUGUUCAAUGUGUGAUGGAAUACAUAUCUAACAGCGUCUCUAGUUAUAAGACCUAAGAGCAGUUUGUAUUGAAUCACCAAGCCAACCCUGUGAAUUGCGAACUCAGGGGUGUUAAAAGACUAUCAGUGGGAAAACAACAGUACACAGUAUAUCGAUGUACCUGAAAAUGAUAAGGUCUAUAAUCUUUUCGCCAUUUGUAAAUCUAUCAAUGUAUGUACCUCGUAUUUCUUUCUGCCGAAGCACAACAGUAAUUUAUUGUUGGAGAUUGAGGGGACCUACAGAGGGAGCAAGUGUCAACAGACGCUCCCUGCUUCCCGACUCCCUCCGUAAAUGAGGUUAUAGCACAAACCGUGGUUGCUAUGUUAUAAAAAAAAACACAGCCUACGAUCAGACCAGGGGGUCUAAUUCCCUGACAACAGCACAAUUAUUCCAGUGAUUAAAAUAAAAAGAGGGCUCAGAAACAUCA